ACAUUUUAUAUUUUGUAGCAAGGGUGUUAAGUGACCUUUUAUCCCACCCUGUAUUAACACUGGUUGUGGAUUCACGCCUCUUCAGCUAGCUGGCUCGUGCAGUGAUCUGUGUUUUCUUCAUAUGUGCAGCACUUCAUUUUCAUAUCACUUCAUUGUAUUUAGUAAAAGCUUAAUUUACUUUAAAUUGAAAUAGUUAAAUACCUCUACUGGAAAUUUCAAAACAUUUAAGUUACAAUAAGGAAUAAAUCAGCAUUUAUUAUUUGUAUCCUAUAUUUAUAAUCCAAUAUUUAGAAUAAUUAUUCAAAACUGAAUGUUUUAGUAUUUGAUUUUUCACUUUUUCUGACACUAGUAAGCAGCGAAAAUGCCAUUGUUGGACCAUCGUGAUUAUCGUGCUAACAAGACGGCAGCUGGUUGAAAAGAAAUGAAACCAGACAUAUUUGAGACAGAUCACCUUUAAAACUUCUUGGAGACUUUCUUCGCGAGGAUUCAAUCCCAGAUCUUUAAGAAUAUUAGAUUGAACCUUUAGCCGCAUGAUCAUCUGAUAAGUCUUGAUUAAUUGGUUAACAAUAACAUCAAUUUCAAUGCUUUGUGAAGAAACAAUAAAAUAAUUAACGAAUUGUUAUUAGAUCGAAAAAAUCAGUAAAGUUACAAAGCGAAACCAUUUAUAACGCCGAAAUUUAUAUAAAUGAGAAAUUUUUAUUUGGAUUUUAGGUUAAGAAAGUACACGUAACUGAAAUCAUGAGUCAUCCUACGAAAUAUAGGCCAUUUCAUUGUGGUUAUUGUGAUAAAAAGUAUACAACAAUAACUAACUUGAAAGUGCACAUCAAUGCCAACCAUCAUACACUCCGGAAGAUAGCAAGUUCAAAGGAAUUAGUGAGCUGCAAUCAAUGCGAUAAACUAUAUAUCGAAUUAGAUCAUUUAGACAGACACAACCUUCAAAGUCAUUCUCUUUUUGAAGAAAUUACAGAAAAAUCUGAAAGUUCCCAAACUGUUGUUGAGGAAUCUGAAGGUGAAUGUUCAACAAAACAAAUCGAGACAAUAAAUUUAAGAGAUUCAGCGAGAUUUGAAGAUAAAACUGAAAUAGAAAUUAUAGAUUCAGAAACAGAAAAUGACAAACUGUUAAACGAAAGUGAAAAAUCAAAACAAUAUCUUCAGAGUUUCUGUUCAGAAAGUGCAGAACAACAAACCGUUUCGAACAGAACUUCUAACCAAUCAUCUGCGUGCCUAUUCAACUGUCACAUUUGUCCUGCAAUAUUCACUAAUGAAAAGUCAUUGGACAUUCAUUUAUUGUUGCAUCGUAAAUAAAACAUACUUUAAUAUUUAAUUACAGUAAGAACAGAAUUUCAUACAAAAUUAUCGAUAUCUUUUGUUAAUUUAAAAAAAAAAAUAAAAACAAACAUAAUUUUAAUGUCAAAAUCUCGUAUCGUCUUACAUUCCCUACUAUUAUGUAUAUAUAUAAGAAAAGGAAAUGUUGGAAUGAUAUCAAAGUUGAUUCUCCAAUUGUUUGCAAAUUUCAAUGAUUUUACCGACCGAAAUCAAAAUUGUUAAAAAGGAAUAAACUUCCUUGAAUAUGCAUGCCUUUGCGUGCAUUGGUAUUUGUUACGUUUAAUAUCUCAGAAUAGAAUAAACAAUUAAGAAAUAGCAUUCAGCAUGAUAGCUUUUGUAUGAAGGGCAUUUAAACUAAUAGAAUUUGGUGAAGAAUGAAGAUAAUAAAGAAAUAGAGGAGUCACGUGUUGUAUGUAGAACGGAAUCUGACUUAUUGACGAUUUAAUUUCUUAUGAGCAUUUACAAUUUUUUGUGAAGCUCAUCACAAUCCUAAAAGUUAAAAAAACUAGCAUUUUAUACGAAUUAGUAUUAUAAAAUUUUUCACAGUAAA